AUGUAUCAGACAAAUGCAAAAUACAAUUCAAAACGUGAAAAAAAUCAAAUUGUUGUUGCUGGAAUCUGUGAACUCAGUGACGAACAAAUUGAAAAUUAUUUUUCGAAAUAUGGUUCAGUUACACGAAUAAACAGCAUUCGUAAACGUUUACAAUCUUCCUGUUGCUUUAUAUUUAUAUCAUUUAAUUCAUCAACUGAUCCGAUUUUUCAAGAUCGUCCACAUUCAAUUGAUGGUAAACAAAUUUUAGUUCGACGACUUCUUCCUGAUAAUCUACCGAAAAGUGAACAAUUUGAAAGCGUCUUUAGUUUAUACAUAUCAAAAAUAUCAUCAAUAAUACAAAAAGUGAAUACUGAUGAAUUAAAAAAGUUAUUUGAACGAUAUGGUAUAAUUAAAACAUUUGAAUAUCAACGUCAGUUCGAUCGCGUACUAAUAGAAUACGAUGAUUAUGAUUGUGUAGAUCGAAUUAUCAUAGAUAAACCUCAUGUAAUUAAUAAUGAAGAAUUAUCUAUUCAAAAAAAUAUUCCACCAAAUCACAAUUCAUUGAUACGUCAAUUUAGUUCUUGUAAUAAUUUAAAUUUAAAAGCAACAACUAAUGGCUAUGCACUUAAACAAUAUCGUAACGGGAAUGGUGACCAACGACAUCGAAAUGAUUUAGAAAAAAUGUUCAAUGAAUUGCAAAAACAAUACGAUGAAACUUUAAAAGAUUCAGGAAACACCAAAACAGCUUACAAAAUAAUGGAAAAAGAAUUAGACGAUCUAAAGAAGAAAAACGAUCAUUUGGAACAUUCCUAUGAUGAAUUAUUUAAAAAAUAUCAUCAACUUAAACAGCAGGAGCAGAGAGAACUCAUGAAUAAUAAUCAACCUGAAUUAGAAAACAGAAUACUUGAGUUACACAAACAGCUUGAAAAUAUAACAAAUCAGUUACAGCAUUCAGUAAAUGUAGAAAAAAUCGCUCAAGCUGAAAACUAUCAUUUACAAGUUCAAUACGAUAAUCUGUUAAAACAACAUCAUCAAUUAAAACAAGAAAAUGUUUAUGAAUAUCGAAAACUAUCAGGGCAAUCGAAUGAGGAAGAAGAAGAAGUACAUGAAUUAGGAAAGAGAGUGGACGAUCUAAAUAAGCAACUUGAAAGAAUAACAAGUCAAGAAAAAUAUGCAGUACAUGCCGAAAAAAUAGCCAAAAAAUGUUGUGAAUUAAUGAAAUAUGAAUAUCUUAAAAUGGCUGACUUAUAUAAUGAAAAAGUUGUGGAAUGUAAUGAGUUAUUGGAAAGAUGUCUGAAAAUCGAAUUAUUAUCAUCAACACACAUUUUGUACCAGAAACCAUUGGUAAAUCAUUCAUUUGCUGUUAUUCAACAAGAAGAAAUGGAAACUCAAAAACAUAUCACAGAUUAUUUUUCAAAUCAAAAUUCUUCGAUUAAAUCUAGUGGUACUACUGACAUUAAAAAACGAAAACAGCAACAACAAAAACAGCUUGGACCAUCACAAUUUGGUAUCAUAGAACAAUCAAUAUAA